UCGCCGCGUUGGAUUCCGGAGUUCUUCCCUCUCGGACUACAUUUCCCAGAGGGCACCGCUAUCGAAAACUGCUUCCGGUAGGAGCGGCGGUGGAAUAGUCUGGCGCGAGCGGCGGGUGAGAGUGUCCCGAGAUUGGGCGAGAAGGCCUGGCUUGACGUGCGUCCUCGCGUGGAACCCAGAUCAGAACUUGGACCGGAGCCGUUCUGAGGAGGCUGAUGCAACGCCUUUGGACUGAGUUUCUUCUAGAGUGGAAGCCAGAAGACGACUAAUAAGUACAUUCUAUUCUUAAAAAAAAAAAGCCAUGGCCCAUGGGUUGGUGAUGUUCAGAGAUGUGGCUAUAGAUGUCUCUCAGGAGGAAUGGGAAUGCCUAAACCCUGCACAGAGGAAUUUGUACAAAGAUGUGAUGUUGGAGAACUAUAGCAACUUGGUUUCACUGGGACUUUCCGUUUCUAAGCCAGCUGUGAUCUCCUCAUUGGAACAAGGGAAGGAGCCCUGGAUGGUUGUAAGGGAAGUGACAGGAGGGCCGAGCCCAGACUUGGUUUCCAGCUAUGAGCCCAAGAAGUUGUCUCCAAAAAGGGAUAUUUAUGAAACAGAAACAUCCCAGUGGACAAUCAUGGAACAAGUUAAAAGCCAUAGCCCUGUGAGAUCUGUUUUCAGAGAUAUUUGGGAAUGCAAAUGUCUGUUUGAGGAACAAAAGGAGGGCUAUAUCGGGCAAUUUAUUAUCAAUCAUGCAGACAUACCCAUGUUUAGUCAACCUGCUUUACUCACUCAGGAAUUUUAUAAUAGAGAGAAAAUCUCUAAAUGUAAAGAAUGUAGAAAAAACUUCAGUUAUCAUUUGUUCUUUGAUCACCACAAGAGAAGCCACUCUAAAAAAAAAGUUUCUGAAUGUAAGGAAUGCAUAGAAAUUAAUGCAUCAUACCUUACUAAACAACAGAGAAUUCAAAAUAGUGACAAAUGCAACGAAUGUAAGGAACAUUGGAAGGCCUUUAUUCAUUACUCACAACUUAAACAACAUCUGAGAAUUCAUAAUGGUGAAAAAUGCUAUGAAUGUAAAGAAUGUGGGAAGGCCUUUAAUUAUGGCUCAGAACUUACACUACAUCAGAGAAUUCAUACUGGUGAGAAACCGUAUGAAUGUAAGGAAUGUGGAAAGGCCUUUAGACAGCGUUCACAACUUACUCAACAUCAGAGACUGCAUACUGGUGAGAAACCCUAUGAAUGUAAGCAGUGUGGGAAGGCCUUUAUUCGUGGCUUUCAACUUACUGAACAUCUGAGACUCCAUACUGGUGAAAAACCCUAUGAAUGUCAGGAAUGUGGAAAGACUUUUAGGCAUCGCUCACACCUUACCAUACAUCAGAGAAUUCAUACUGGUGAGAAACCCUAUGAAUGUAGGGAAUGCGGAAAGGCCUUUAGCUAUCAUUCAAGUUUCUCUCACCAUCAAAAAAUUCAUUCUGGCAAGAAACCUUAUGAAUGUAAGGAAUGUGGGAAGGCCUUUUGUGAUGGCUUGCAACUUACCCUACAUCGGAGGAUUCAUACUGGUGAGAAACCCUAUGAGUGUAAGGAAUGUGGAAAGACUUUUAGACAGUGCUCACACCUCAAAAGACAUCAGAGAAUUCACACUGGUGAGAAACCUCAUGAAUGUAUAAUAUGUGGUAAGGCCUUUAGACUUCAUUCACACCUUAUUCAGCAUCAGAGGACUCAUACUGGUGAGAAACCUUAUGAAUGUAAGGACUGUGGGAAGGCCUUCAGCUAUCACUCAAGCUUCUCACACCAUCAGAGAAUUCAUUCUGGGCAAAAACCUUAUGAAUGUGGGAAGGCCUUUAGUUAUGGCUCACGACUUAAUCUAUGUCCGACACUUAGUACUGGUGAGCAGCCAGUAAGAUUUCCUCACCUCUCUCCACAUCAUAGUCUAAUAUCAUGAAAUUAUUUUUGGAGCUAUAAAUAUUUUUUCUUCAAGGAAAAAUACUAAGUUUUAUUAGUAUUGAUUUAUUUCACUAAUCCUUGAAAAUCAUUCUUUUUCUAGUGGGAAAAUAUAAAAGUUAUUAAGAGAUAAAAUUAGCUCUGGCAUCAAUGCUGUUUCUGUGUUGUUGUAAUAAGCACUUUUGGAAAAAAUGUCUAAAAUUGUAUAACGUCUUUUUGCUGAAACCAGUGAAGUAUGGCAGAAAUAAAAUAAUGCCUUCUCCUCCCACAGAUCCAUGAGGUAACCUAUAUGUGUGUAUUGUUCCUUUCCUCAUGCUUAAAGAAAAACAUACUGCACAUUUGAAUAGUUUGCUGCAUGUGUGUGGAGGUUUUACUUCUCAUAAUGAUAUAUUUUACUGCAUCUUGACUUUUUUUUUUUUUAAAUAAAUUCAAAGUUACAUGAGUAGUUGCAAAAACAAUACUAGCCCCAUGCACAGAAUUCCAUCAAUACCCUAACCCCCCCCCAACAGCUUAAUCCACCAACUUUAACUUGCUGUCACGUCACUAUUUCUUUCCCUCCCUAUCUAUCAUCCAUCAUAUAUUUCUCUGUCUUCUGAAUAUAUGAGAGUUAGCUGC